AUGCGACCUCGCAUCCCAAAAAAUUUCACUCCAUCCUCGAGCCCAUUAUCUUACACCCCGAUAAGCGGCAAAGCUGUCCACUACCUCUCCAGGCCAAGUGGAAUUCGUCCACUGGUCCUCCUACCAGACGAGAGAACGUUUAGCCAGCAAAGAAAUCUCAAGCCAUUGCCAGGACAGGUUGGCUUCGCAGGUGAUCGACCCCUCAAUAGCUGCUCAUCACUCUCCGCGGACGGCUCGCAAACCGCUGAUGUCACUGGCGAUCUCGAUGAUCCAAGUGGCAUCAUGUUCUUUUCGUCUCCUUCCGCCAACAUUGCUGCUUCUCCUGUCUCUAAUCACCGACGAAAACGUGAAAAUCAAACCAUUCGUUGGAAAUCUGAAGUGAUCCCUCGCCUCAUUAUGCCGUACAUGCGGCUCGUUUCUCAGACAGAAUCAUUUCGCCUGCCGAUCCCCGAGGAUGCUUUCGCCACCACCCUCACCUGUCAAUGUAUCACAAGAGCAUUAGAGGUUAUCGUAGUUCGUUUCUGCGUUCUUGAAAGGUUGAAACUUCAAUUUUGCAAAUGUCGACCGGCUGCGGUCCAGCUGCUCCAACGCGGAUUAUUUCCCUCGGCACCAUUUGCCCCUUCCCUGGCUGUUGAUAUUCGAGUUUUAGAAUUCGUGUCGCGACUUUUUCUUCAUAUUUCCCCCAAUGCCACUGCAUGGUGCAACACGGUUGAAGAAUUUCUUCAAAGCCAAGGUUAUAAACUUACUACAAAGGACUCCCUGACUGGUGGCUACCACUUUUAUCUAUAA